AUGCUCCCCAACUACACCAUUCUUGUUAUGGUCAGUCUGCACUGGUUCAUAACCUAUAGACGCAAUGAUGGCAAUGUUGCCAUUGCAGAUGCUUCAAUAAUUCCAGUUGGAGAUCCUAAUAUAGCAGUGGGGAAAAUAUCCUCCCAGUCCAGCACUUUUGAAACAAAAGGAGAGUCCAGAAAGGGCGUAGACGGGUCUCUGGCACAUAACUAUGCUCAUGGCGAUUGCACCCUGACACAGAAGGAAUUUGAACCCUGGUGGAUGGUGGAUUUGAUUUCGGCAUUUCAGGUGUCUGCUGUGGUCGUCACCAACAGAGGAGACUGUUGUGAAUCGCGCAUAAAAGGAGCUGAGAUUCUGAUUGGGGAUUUGCCUGAGAAGGGAGGCACCAUGAAUCCCAGGUGUGCCACAAUCAGCAGCAUGGAUCUUGGAGAAACCGUGACCUUUAACUGUGCGGGAAUGCAAGGGCAAUAUGUGACCAUUACUAUCCCAGGGAGAAGGGAGUCCCUCUCCCUCUGUGAAGUGCAAGUGCUUGGACACCCGUGGCUUCACAUAGCUCUCAAUGUGGCCAUCCGAGGAAAUGCUUUACAAUCCAGCACUUUUAGCCCACUAGGAAUGGCUAGCAAUGCUAUUGAUGGGAUUACCACAGGUAAUUUUUUAGAUGGGUCAUGCACCCACACAGAACAAGAAACCCAUCCAUGGUGGAUAGUGGACUUGAAGUCAGAAUAUCAAGUAACUCGUGUAAGCAUCAGUAACCGGGAAGACUGCUGUGCGCAUCGGCUCAAUGGGGCUGAAAUCCGGAUUGGGAACUCUCCAGAGGCAGGGGGCACCAUGAAUCCCAGAUGUACUGUGAUCGAAUCCUUGGGUCUUGGGGAAACCCAGAGUUUUUACUGUGAAAAUAUGCAAGGAAAGUAUGUCACUGUUAACCAACCAAAUGGAGGAAUCCUCACACUUUGUGAAGUCCAAGUGUUUGGUGAGAAGGUAACUCCCACCGAACCCAAUGUUGCUCUUGAAGGAAAGGCAUUCCAAUCCAGCACCUACAAUGCAAUUGGAGAGCCUGAGAAUGCUGUUGAUGGAUCUUCAUCUGCUGACUAUUUGUUGGGGCACUGCACCCACACAGAGCUUGAAAUUAAUCCGUGGUGGACAGUGGACUUGGGAGCAGAGUUCCGAGUGCACAAAGUCAGUGUCCUCAAUCGAGGAGACUGCUGUGCAGAUCGGAUAAACGGGGCUGAAAUCCGAAUUGGGAACUCGCCGGAAAAAGGAGGAAUUACAAACCCAAGGUGUGCUAUAAUCCACUUUCUGGGUCUAGGAGAAACAGCCAUUUUUGACUGUGGAGAAGCACAGGGGCAGUAUGUAACUGUUACUAUCCCAGGCAUACAAUGUCUUACACUCUGUGAAGUCCAGGUGUUUGGAGUGAAGGCCUGUGUCUAUAAUGCAGCCCUUGAUGGAAAGGCGCUCCAGUCCAGCACCUACAACCAAUUAGGGGGCCCUGAAAAUGCCAUUGAUGACCUUGAAUCAGCUAACUAUUUACGUGGACAAUGCACACACACACAGCUAGAAGACAACCCAUGGUGGAUGGUGGACUUGAGGGCACAGUUUAAGGUGUCUAGUGUACGUGUCACUAACCGAGGAGACUGCUGUGCAGAACGCUUAGAGGGUGCUGAAAUCCGAAUUGGGAACUCAAAAGACCAAGGUGGCACCACAAAUCCCAGGUGUGCCACAAUCACCAUGAUGGGUGCUGGGGAAACACGUAAAUUUGAGUGUGAAGAAAUGACAGGACAGUAUGUGACACUCACCAUACCAGGCGAACAGAAAUAUCUCUCACUGUGUGAAGUCCAAGUGUUUGGUGUGAGGGCGCCUCCCCCCAUCCCCAACGUGGCCCUUGGAGGUACAGCAUCCCAGUCUAGCACCUUAAACAGACUUGGGCUUGCAGAGAAUGCCAUUGAUGGGUCUACAUCAGUUGACUUCAUGCGUAGAUCAUGCACGCACACAAAUUUAGACCGUAAUCCAUGGUGGACCGUGGACUUGAAGGCAGAGUUUAAUGUAUCCAGCGUAAGUCUCACCAAUCGAGAAGACUGUUGUGCUUGGCGGCUCAAUAGUGCUGAAAUCCGGAUCGGGAACUCUUUGGAGGAAGGAGGCUCUACAAAUCCCAGGUGUGCAACAGUCACCUCAGUGGGUGCUGGAGAAACCCAGAAUUAUGAGUGUGAAGGAAUGCGAGGAAAGUAUGUAACAAUUACCAUUCCUGGAGUGAGUUACCUCACACUAUGCGAAGUCCAAGUGUUUGGUGUGAAGGCUGAUAAUUCUGAGCAACACUCCCCUUAUUGCAACUGA